GAAACUACUGACAACUGAGGAUUGCCAGGCCUGUCACCAGGGCGUUGAUCCUGCAGCCUCACCAUCAUUCAUACCUAGUCCUGGGCAAGCCAGUUUUACCUGUCUGUGGUGAAUCUUCCAACAUCUGGCCCCAGCUGUUGUGGAAGGAAGUUGGUAGCCUGCACUGUGCUCUCUUUGCCCUUUAAACUGUGUUUCAAAAUGGCUGAAGUUGGCAAGGUUCUAACCCUGCUAUGGAGGGGGCUUCGCAUGGACUUGGAAGACUUCACUGGUGCCAAGCCGGUUUAAAUUGGUCCAAAGCAGGAUUCCAGCUGCAGCCUUUAGGAUAAGAGCAUGAGCUCGAGAAUGCAUUGUGUGCAUUGGAUGGGGGUGGGGGUCAAGGGAACAGUUCAUGCUGGCUUCAGACUUACCCUGUCCAAGCUACUGGGCAUGUAAUUUACACCAUGCCCUCCACCUUCUCAGGCCUCCUGGGCCGGGGAUCUGUAACAAGGGCACAGAUCUAGCAAUCCUACGAACUCGGUCAAAGUUGGGUUCUGUCUGACCAGUAAUCUGGGAGCGGGUCCAGAAGCACUGCAGGGUCUGAGCCUGCCAGCAGCUGAGCAUCUCCUGGGAGCUACUGAGCACCCUCAGUGCCUGUGGACUUCCAGAGCAGCUGGGGGUGCUUGUACCCCAUUGGCAGGCAUUCAGCUCCUUACGGAAUCAGGCAACAAAGUUUGCCAGUGCUGCGUUAUUCAACCCUCUUUGGUAACCUAAUCGCAAUGGAUUUUCCAGCACCCAGGGUCAGCUGCAUUGCUCCUCCCUGGUGCUGUCAGCACAGCUGACUUGGGCUAGUCUGCUGCUAGCAGUCAAGCUGGUCUGCUUUAAUUACCUGAGCCAAGAGCCUUUUCCACUUGCCAACAGUGGAAGUAGGUGCUAAACAGGCUUAGCAGCUCUGUUUUGGAGGGGAGGGGAGCUGGGAAAGAAGCUUGGAGAGAGAUUAAAUAGGGGAACACGGAAGGAAGAGGUGUCCCCAUUCUGAGCCUUCUUCACACUUCACAUGCCACACCCUGGUGCUUAAAGGCGCAGGCUGCAGCAGUCCAUAGGCCAGCAGAUGCUGUCUGUUCCCAGCAUAUUGCCAAGGAUGAGGACUAGGUGGGUCAGUAACAGGGUCUGGAGCCUUUCGUCUCUAGAUAACCUGUCCUCAGUUAGCCCUGGUCCCUAGAGAUUGAAAAGGCAUUCCUGCCUGGUGGCUUGUGUAAGCAGUAAAUUCAGAGAGGGGCUUAUCGUAGUUCCCAGUGGGUAGGUAUCCGUGUUGCCAAAACCACCAUCGUCACCAGCAUUAAUUGGUAGAUUUCAAAGCCAGAAGCAGGGCUGCCGGCAGCAAAAUCUGAAACUGAGGCUCGGGGCCAGAAUGAACCUGCAGUGGUGGCUCAGCUGUUCAGUAGGGCUGGACCCAGCUUCCCGCUCUGGGGUCGUUCCAUUUGGGGUCGCAGUGCCACUGGUGUUUGGCCCAGCUGUGACAGCAGAUCCACGGAGCGGGAGCAUGUCCUGCUGUCUGGAUAAACAGAGGAGUCCAGCCUCCAGGGCUCUUAAUCCUGCCACUAGCACUAGAGUCCCAUUUGUGGGUAUGUCCCCUGCCUGGGGCAGUAACCUAGGACUUGGGAGUCCUGGGUUUGAUUCCCAGCUUUGCCACCUUGAGUGAGUCCCUUAGCCUCUCCUUGCCUUGGUUUCCUCAUUGGUACCAUGGGGAUAAUAGCACAGCCCUGCCUCACGGGGGUUAAAGAUUUUGAGACGCUCAGAUACUGCAGCAUUGGGCGGUCAUACGGGUUUCUUAGGCUGGUAUAUAGUCAGCCAGCUCAGGGCACGGGGCCUAUCUGAAUGGGUGCAGCAGUUCGGGAGAGCCAGCGGCUAUGUGCGGCACUGGCACGGUGGCAUUGGACUGGCAGGGGGCCCUCUUUGAACUCACUUUCUCCUCCUCCAGCAGUGCAUCAGAGGAGAAAGAUGGUGAAAGAAACGGGCUACUAUGACCUCUUGGGCGUCAAGCCAGGCGCCACCUUGGAUGAGAUCAAGCGCGCGUACCGGCGGCUUGCACUGAAAUACCAUCCAGACAAGAACCCCAGCGAAGGAGAGCGGUUCAAGCAGAUCUCACAAGCCUAUGAGGUGCUGUCGGACACCCAAAAGAGGGCGUUGUAUGACCGGGGCGGAGAGCGGGCCAUGAAAGAAGGUGGCACAGGAGGCCGAGGAGGAUUCGGGUCCCCGAUGGACAUAUUCAACAUGUUCUUCGGAGGAGGGGUGCGGAUGCCUGGCCGGCCAGAGAGGAGAGGAAAGACAGUGGUGCAUCCGCUCCCAGUAACCCUGGAGGAUCUGUACAACGGCACCACCCGAAAGCUGUCCCUGCAGAAGAACGUCAUCUGCAGCAAGUGCAACGGCUGCGGGAUCCGGGAGGGCGUCGACAGCAGGUGCCCCAAGUGCCACGGCACAGGCAUGGAGUUUCACGUCCACCAGUUGGGGCCCAGCAUGAUCCAGCAGAUCCAGACCAUGUGCUCGCAGUGCCAGGGCCAGGGCGAGUGGGUCCGGCCCCUCGAUCGCUGCCUCACCUGCAACGGCAGGCGGGUGGUGCGGGAGAAGAAAAUCUUGAACGUCCACCUGGACAGAGGCAUGCAGGACGGGCAGAGGAUCACGUUCCAUGAGGAAGGGGACCAGGUGCCCGGCCUAGAGCCUGGGGACGUGGUCAUUGUCCUGGAUCAGAAGGAGCACCCUGUCUUCCAGCGCAUCGGCAACAACCUGGUCCUCCGAAAGGAGAUCAGCCUGGUGGACGCACUGUGCGGCUUCAGGCAAGUUGUCCGCACUCUGGACAACAGGACUCUGCUCGUCUCCUCCCAGCGCGGUGACGUCAUCCGGCCGGGAUCCGUGAAGUGCGUCCCUAACGAGGGCAUGCCCGUCUACAGAAGUCCUGCCCAGAAGGGCCGGCUCAUCAUACACUUCCAGGUGAGAUUCCCAGAGCCAGGCUGGCUUUCCCCGGACCGUCUCCGCCAGCUCCGCACCUUCUUCCCCCCCCAAGAAGAGGUCAUGGCAACGGAGGACAUGCAGGAGGUGGAACUGAGCGACUACUUCUCCCAGCCGGGACACUGGUGGCAACCCCAUGCCGGUGAGGCCUACCACGAAGACGACUUCGAGGAGGCCUCACGACCGCACGUCCAGUGCCACACGUCAUAGCCCCCCCUGGGUCGCCGCCCCCUCCCUGGAGCAGGGUGGGGAGGACGGGGCGAGGGGGGCGUUUCGGAAGGUCGUGCGGUUCAGGGAUGUAAAUAGUUAACGCUGCCACCAGUCCAGUUCGGCGUAGCUCUGGCCUGGCUCGGUCGGUCCCUGGGGAGCACCACUUAGCCCCUGCGGCAGGAGGAGGCUCAGCACGCGGAGUUCCUCGCAUCCCACAUCCUGCCAGCACGUUCUCAAGGGUUUAGGAUCCAGCUAACAGUAGUUGCUGCCUCCGAGGAGUGUAGUGUUGUAAAAGGGUCUCCGGGCACAAUGCAUCAGGAUCAAUGUCUGCAGGGAUCAUUCACCGCUAUCGCUCUGGGGGCCUGAUUCUCACUCACCGAAGCCCCUUUAGGCCCCAGUGAGGAGGCCUUAAAGUGGGAGUAGCCGUACCCCGCGCCCACAGACAGGCCCCUUUUGUGCUGCCAGAGCAGCAUCAAAGAACCUCAGUUGUCCUCGAGAAUCGGGUCCUUGGGUUUAAACCCCUUCCGGAUUCUCCACUCAGCCCCAUGGGAAUUUGACCGGCUUUAGUCAACGUGCCGUGUUUGCACUAAAGCUUCAUGCAGUUUCGUGACCUGCCCCGGGAGUUUUGCUUCCUCCUCUUCUUUGGGUGGACUCUCCGGCUUCCCCGCCUGAGCUGCAGAGAUGCACUUGCUCACUCGCUCUAGAGAUCUUCUUUUGCACAUUUAAGCGAAAGGGGCUGUUUUCCUGGGGAGGGAAUAACAGGGACUUAUUAAACAAAGCUGGUUUUCCUCCGCUUGGAAAACGCCAGCAGCUUCGCAAAGACACCUCUAUCCGCUUGGGUUUUCCAUUGACUCACGCUCCCUUAGCAAGUACCAGAAUGUGGAAAGAAUUCUGAGGAGUCAGUGGCACUUAACUAGAAAUAAUCCCGAGCCUGGAAUCAAAUCCGCCCGGUAGGAGGUCUAGGGACCAAGAUCUAGUCUGAGGAGCCUGGGUCUGCUUCGCAGAUCUCUACUGCCAACCCUGUCGGUAGCACUGAAAUCCCAGGGCUUGAUUCCCAAGUGCCCUGCCCUGUUGUUGUUUACAGCAGUGCAUAGUCGGCGCAAAAUGCUGCCGGAUCAGAACCGGUGUAAAUGCACCAGGCGUAGGGCAAUGAGGGAUCAGUCCUGCCCACAGGCGUUUGGGGAUUGUAGCACCAUCUACUGGUAGCCCUGAGCUAUGUGCUAUCCCAGAAUAAAACAUGGCUCAGCUGUUUCUUUCAAGGUCAUACAGUUGCUUUUUCUUUUCAUUGGACGGAGAGGGCUCUUGUUGCUUCUUGGUUUUAAUUGCCUUCCUUUCUCAUCUGUCUGGGCCAUAGUGGGUUCUGCUGGUUCACCUUGGGUCUGUCUAGUCAGCUGAUCUUUUUACAAUGCAAAAUACCGUUGAGUUUACUUCUCACCCCUGUGCCAGGCACUGUAGCUAGAGGCUCCGCUUCUCCUGUCUCUCCCAGGUUAAUGUGCCUGCCCCACUGGGGUGAUCGACUGGAAAUCUGCCACGCUGUGCACAGUAGCAGAGUCUGCCACUCAUUAAUGCUGAAGGCUGAUUUGUGCUGCCAUCUUCUCGCUGAAAUACUAGAGGUGGUAAAAGAAUCAUUCAGGUCCUGAAGGUCCCACACUGAGGUUCAUGGGCUGGGAGAGGACCUAAGAAGUAGACCUGAGUUUGAUAGACCCACAGUACGUGGUAGCAGAAUGCAAGAGACUAUGGCUGAGUGGUUAGAGCAGGCAGUUGGGAGGCAGAAAAUGUGGCUUCUGUUCCCAGCUCUGCUGCUGUGACUUCAGCAAGGCUCUUCCUCAGUUUCCCCAGCUGUAAAGUGGUGAUCAUGCCUACAUCACAGGGGUGAGCUGAGAGACUUAUCUCCCUCCUUGGACGCCAGGAGCAAAGUGCAGAGUCUUCUCAGGAAACCUCCCUGCCCAGCUCACGGUACAUACCCUGCGCUGUCCACUGCCCUGAAACUGGCCCCAAGCACUUCCUCUUGCUGCCACAGCUGAUCAGCAGAGAGCUCUGUUUGUGGCACUCUUCUUCCUGCAGUCACCACUCCUUGAGUUAUUCUGGGAAGCCGAGACCCAGAGCACAGUUAGUGUCGCGCAGCAGACGGGGGUUGGAGGUGAGCAGACUGCGUCGGUUGAAGAAAAGCUAUAGCCUAGGUGUUCUGACGUUCGGUCACCUGUUGCCAGCACAUAGGGGGACUGGAAGCAACAGGAAACACGUGAUCAUUGAAGGAAGACAGCAGUCCCGCGGCAACCUUUCUUGUGACUUCCUGUGAAGCAGCCAGUACUGGCCACUGUGAGAGACAGGCUACCGGAUAGACGGAUUCUGGGUCUGAGCCAGCCUGGCAGUUCUUAUGUGCCACAGGACAAGCUGAACGUUAAGUGAAUGCAACAUCUGGGUUGAGGAUUUAAACUGUCAGCCAGGUGGGGCCACAGGGGAGUUUUGCUCGAGCAGCAACUGUGUUCUGGACCAGGGAUUAAACACAAAAAAGUAUUGGCCUAGGGUGAGGGGCACUUGGGAAAUACAGGGAGCUCCCACCCUGGUUAAGACAGAUGUGUGGCUCCUCUUUUAUGUAGUCCAUGGUACAUACCAAACCAUAGUGGUUAGGAAAAGCGCCGCGUGCAGUGGUGCUGACUUGAUUCUGCUGCAGGGGCCUGGAGCUCUCUCUUUGAAUCUGAUGCUUCUAGUCAGCCCAGGGGGGAUCUGAGAGUCAAGCUGGUGCAUCUUUGUCUUGUGCAUCGUCACUGGUGAACGUUCCUCCAGGCCCUUUGGGGGCACCUGGCAGCAGGGUGAACAAGACUCCAAUCUAGCUCCCCUGCUUGGCUCUGGGGUUAAUGACAGGCUGAAGGGCUGCUCUGAGCUGCCUGCCGUCUGCAGGGCUUGUGGCACCCCAGGAGCAGAGCCAAUAAGUAGAGACCAGGCUGUUGCGCACUCCCUUCAGGCCAGGCCAGUCGCUUCAUCUGCCCUUUCAACAUGAACGAUCUCCCGCUGCUCCCCCUGGGCAGUGGCACCUGCUGUGGCAUCCACCCCCCAUUCUGCACCCCAUGGAGCCUGUCUCCACUGCAGGGGCAGAAACUCCUAAGCCAUCUUGGAACGGUGGAAGCUCAUCUUUGCUAAACAAUCUCCCCACAGUGUGUGUGACGCCCCUGGCUCGUGAGUUGCAUGUUUCCUCCAGGGAGGGAGCGCUGACUAGUGGUUAGAACGGGGGCUGGGAGUCAGGAGGCCUGGGUCCUAUCCCAAGCUCUGGAAGGGGCUGGGUGGGUGUUAGGGGUUAGAGCAGGAGACUGGACCCCUUCCUGAUAGGGGGGAGCCAGGCCUGGCUUUGAUCCCUCCCUACACCUAGACAGAUCCCUCUAUCUAGGAACCAGCGCUCCUCCCACUCCAGCCCCAGGAUGCCCUUGGGCAAUGACAAACCCACCUCAUUGGCAAGUGGGAUUCCUCCCCAGGCUGGGAAACAGGCUGUCUGGGGUGCGGCUGACAAAUUCAGGCUGCUGUCACACCCUGUAUUUAGAUGGGGGAGGGGGGGCAAGGCCUUAGCCCCAGGGUUCUCAACUUGGGGGUAACAAGAGGUGUCGGGAUCAAAGGGAAAGGCUGGGGGAAGGGGGCAUAGACACCUUUAUCCAGACAUCAAUUGCCCCCAGGGCAUUUGGGGAGGGUCCGUGUCCUCUGUGCGUGGGAUGAUAGCACCGCUGUGGCCAUUGGCGUCCUGGCCAGGUUUAUGCUCAGGCUGAGGAUACAGGGUACAAACCUUGCUAAUUAUCUCAGGGCUGCUGUUCCCGCCCCCCAGGACCCUUUGCACCAGCUCUGGCAGCAUAAAGGGGCCAGGGAGAUUCACAUUUGCUGUGAGGCCCUUGGGCUGGCAGAGCAGUGGGGAAAAGGGGCCUGGAAAAUGAAACUCGGGCCCUUCUGCUUAACUUUCUUUAGUCAAUUUCUUCGCUCAAGGCCUAAAUCAGGCUCCAGGAAGUAGCGAGGGGAGGGGGAUUUUCUUUCCUGUUUGCACAGAAGGGAGUUUUUAAAAAAAAAUAAUUUAUUUUUGAAAGGCUUUUAAAUUGGUGUCUGUCUGUCUCUUUUUUUCUUUUGGGAAACUUUGUACAUGGCAUUAAAAGCAAAUCCGAGUC